AUGCCUUCUCGUAAACUCAAAGACAGUGAACGCCGUCGAUGCGCCAAUGCCUGCUACACUUGCAAGCGUCGCAAAGAGCGCUGUGACGGUCGUCAACCGUGUGGCCGCUGCAUCACCCGCGGAGUGGAUGCCGAAUGCAGUUUUACUCCUUCUCCGACGAGAAAGCGCAGAGCUCGGGUCGUCCGCCCUCCCACAUCUGAUAUAGACAACUCACAGGGCUCCAUAUCACCAAGCAUAUCUUCCUCCAUUGAAGUCUUCAACCAAACACUGUCUCAAAUCAGCAGCCAGACUGGGCAUGAUCUACACAAAGACCAUACAGAUCGCCCCCAACUCUCUACGCUCAUACAAGAUGGCCAUGGGAAGUUCGUCUUUAUUGGUGACGCGGCGAACUUGUCCUUUCUCCAAAUAAUCCGACGACUAGUUCGUGAUUCAGUCGGUCCUUGUGCAUUCACCGAAGAUGCUCUACAACAUCUCAUGGUCGAGGUCAAACCGUCGGACAGUUCUACAUGGCUCGUCAGCAUCAUGGAUGAUGCACCAGUAAUGCCCGAUAAGGAAGAGGCUCGAUAUCUAGUCUCCUGGUUCUUCCGCUCAACCAGCUGUGUACUCAACCUCUUUGACGAAGGAGAAAUCAUGGAGUCAAUGGAGUCUUGGUAUCAGAAAUGCUCUGAUGAACCAGAGGAUAAAGCUUCUGUAGCUGUCUUCUUUCUCAUAUUUGCAAUUGGCGCCCAGACAUGUCCUGAGAAUAGGGACCAGGAAGCAGAGCAGUAUUUCAACUACGGACGCUUCAUCACCGCCUCCAUUAUCAUGGACGACAUUAGCAUAUCUGCAGUCCAGUCCAACAUUCUUAUUACUAUGUACCUCUUGGGUGCAUCACGACGAAAUGCUGCAUUCAUGUACCUCGGCAGUGCUGUCCGCGCGGCAUAUGCCCUCGGCAUUCAGCGACACGAUAUUAACAAGCAUUUCAAGCAACCCGAAUAUGUCCUGCGAGAGAGGUUGUGGAAGGUUCUCCGCGUCCUAGAUCUCUUUAUGAGUGCAUCACUUGGCCGUCCGCCAUCCACACACGAAACUCGAAACACAGGCAUCGACGAGAAUUACUCAGCGUCCAACGAUCUCUGCGCCAUCUUUGAAGAUAUCCUUACCAAUAUCUACUCCCCACAAAAAGUCUCAAACAGCCACCUGGAACGAAUCAGUGAACACCAUCGACAAUGGGCCAACAAGUUCCCUCUAGGUCUGGCUACUGAUAGCAUAAAACCAUCGAAAUUCAUCGAUGAAGCCGACGGGAAGGAAACGCCAAAUAUCGGUCUAUGCCAUCUUAAAGAAGCUUACUAUUGGACAAUAAUGCUUCUUGCUCGACCGUCCCUGACGAAAAGCGCUUCCAAACAUAUGUACAAAGCCAGCCAGGACAUGAGCCAGUGGGAACCCCCUACAGCUGCAACUGAGCCAGACCAAGUCCUUGCAUUUUCCUGUGUCGACUCUGCAGUCAGGACUGUUGACCUCCUGAAAGUGAUGGGAGAUAACCGAGAGAUUCCAAAGCGUCUCCCAUUUGUCGUGAACUCAUUAUUUGUUGCAGCGUUGGUGCUUGGGACCGCCUACUUCAAUGACUUGGAUCAUAUCUUCCCUCUCGAGAAAAGUAUGAUUGGUGUACGAUCCUUGAUGGCUAGAUUCAGUACCCAUGAUCCUGUCGCUAAGGGUGCACUGCAAACUAUCGAUAACCUCCAAACUGUUUGCAACAUAUACGUUGAUGAGAGGGCACGUCGGAAGAUGGAGAGACAGAGCCUCCUUGUAAGAAAUCUGUUUGGUACUGUGCAUGAUGGGUCUAGGCCACAUACUCCGAAUCCUCAUGACAAAGCAAAGACAACGUCUUUUAGUGAUUUCAGCCAGACUGAGGCAAAUCUUGAUUCGUGGUCAUUUGGAGAAUCGAUUGGUGACAUUGAUGGGGGGUUGAUGGGCAUGUUACCUCAUGAAGCUUUGGAGGCAUUCUCGCUCCCUGCGCCCACGACAAUCACCUUUGACUCAUUUGAUGGCAGUUUUCCUCUCUUCCCGACUGUAGAUGCGUGUAGCUUUGAGGUUGAAGGAAAUAUGGGGACGAAUAAUCUGGCGUUUGGGCUGUGA